UUUGUUGCUGAGCUUUCACCAAUAAAUGUGCUUGAAGGCGAAGAGAUCUUCCUAACUGCAACUGUUCAGGGGCGUCCUCAACCAGCUGACGUCUUAUGGACUCAUAAUGGCACAGCUCUGCGCCCCGAAAACACAGAUGCUGCACUUUACUAUGCCCCAGAGACGGGAGUAUGCGAGUUAACCAUCUCAGAGGCGUUUCCUGAGGACUCCGGUCUUUACUCGGUUGAGGCGCAUAAUAUUUAUGGCAAGGCGGUCUCACAAACCGAGGUUAGGGUGGGCGCCGAGAAACAUGUCGUAAUGAUGAGAGAGAUUAUUGUGGAAGAGGAAAUUGAGCUUUUGAGAGCGGGUGAGGACGAUAAUUUGCUACUUGUUGAGGUACCUGUCCAAAAGGAGACGACAACUGCGGAACUGGUUACCAAGUCAGUUACGUUUGCGGACACUGUCAGUUUUGAGCUUUACUCGCCAACCGAAAUGGUGCCUGUGACAAUAGAAGAGCGACUGGCAUAUGAAGAGACUGAAGUUUUUAAGUCAGAAAGCCUAGAGUCCCUGGAGCACAGUGAAGCCUCGUUCACUACAACCGACGAAGAGUUCGUCCAGCUUAUUUCAGAGGAGCCUGAGGAGAUGUCUAUUGAGAGUAUACCUCAGGAGAUAUAUGCCACUUUGCCACAUGAGCCCAUCAUACUUGAUAUUCUGGUACCCCACGAUGCAGCUCAGGUAGCCGAGACGACAAGUCUUUACGAGGAGGCUGAAAAGGCCGAUUCACCACCAGUCGCUUUACAGUCUUCCAUUAUUCUGGUUGAGCCAAAAGAGACUGAACUUUUAGUUGAGUGUCAGACAGAGGAAACUAUUGCGGAAGCAGUUGUAGCUCCAGACAUUGUUGAGACUUGUCUGGCGUCUGUGCCUACAGAGCCGUCUAGGCAUACUGCACAGCUGGAUCAGACAGUCUUUAUUGUGGCUGAACUACUUGAAGUGGAAGGAGUUUCCGAACUCAGAUCGGCAGGAGGAGUACCAAUACUGGCACCCCAUUCCGAACAAGAAGGGAUACCAGAAAUCCAAAUUAUGCGACCGGAGCAGAUGGCCCGUGAGAUCACAGAGCCGGUCUCGGAGGAAGAGACUUUGAUGGGCGAUUUCUACCCGACAGACGAGGAACAACCGAAGGCAGACGAAGUCCAGCCACUGCUUAUUGCUACACCAAUAAUAGCCAAAAAACCGGAACAACAAAUUCUGGAAGCCACAUUGGUGGAACCGACAAGCUUUGUAGAAGUUAUACAAGAGGUGGAUGAGAUUACAAAUGACACCCAAGAGGUCUCCUCUCCACAACCAAUUCAACAAGUGCACGUAUCCAAGCUGGAACAAAGAACUGUAGAGUCUGAAAAGCCUCAAGUGGUGCCUGUUGAUCUUGAAUUAAUUCCGGAAAUUUUGGAAACUGUGCCCGAAUAUCAGGCUUUGAUCCCCUCGGACGAGGGUGCAGAAAAGCCCGAAUGCGGGAAACCAGUUCAGCACGCUGAGGAAGGACUAAUGGGACAAGAAAUGCCUAAGAUUGACGAUCUGCCAUGUAUGCCUGAGGAUAUCAGUCCAGAAACCUCAGUUCUAGUAGCAGAAUCGGUUCAAAAAGCUGACACAACAAUGCUGGUGCAGCAGACACCUGAGAGCCGUUUGCAAAUAGUCAAAGACGCGUUGGACGAAAUCUCUGAAGUCACUGAACUCGUGGCUGAAGGUCUGCAGCUUCCGAGUGAAGUGGUGGACGUUGUGGUCUCGUUGAGUACAGAGACCAAAGCGGAGCUUAUCGACUCUUCGGUAUCAGCCGAAGAGGCAAAAGCAGAAGCCCAGGAACAGCCCACAGUCGUUGUCGUCCAGCUCGAUUUCGCCCCCGAAGAGACGGUUGUAGCGGCCAGUCCGCCUGUAGAGUCGAAGUCUCAGCCUGCCACUGUGGCCUCCAAAUUGGAACCGGGAAUUAGCUCAGAUCAUAAGCCCCUAACUUCCGUGGAUGAGGCCUUUGGGCCAGAGGUGAUCGAGGCGACCGAGAAGUUAACCGAAACCGAUGUUGAAAUUGCUGUUCAACAGGACUCGCCCGAGCUUCUAGAGCAAACAUCCAUCCAGGCAGAAUCGACUCCAAUGCAUGAGCAAGUCUCGGGGCUAGAUGUGCCCACGGAUGAGGAGAUACAGACUUCAGUUGUCAUGCAAAAGCCUGAGGCCCGUGCAGCGCCUGUGCUGCCGAGUGAAGAAGAGAUGCCGGCCACUUUGGAAGUGAUCGAAUCCACCGAGAUGGCUACUGCCACCAGCUCAGAAAUGGUCGCGGUAGAAGAGCAUGUUGAGCUAGAGGAGACCUCGAGGACUGUUCAGCUGCCCACGGAGGUUGCGGCUGUCGACCGGGAGGCGGCAAAGCCGUCAGUUCAGGAGUCGGCAACCAGCGAGCUUGAAACCAUCGGGACGGCGCAUGAGACAAUCGAGAUUCCCGACGUCAACUUAAUUAGUACGACUACACUAGCCGAGAUCGCAGAAGAGCCCAGCAGCCACCAGACUACGGUAGAUGUGCAGCAUCAGAUGCCGCCAGCCGAGACUGCAACCGUUUUGCCUGGUGUUGACAUUGGAGGAGAGCUCAUGGCAGCUGAGCUGAAGGAGACUUUGCUCUCUGAACGGUUGGGCGAUCUUCCUCUUGACAUGGCUAAGAUGGCUCCAACUGUGGUGGAGCAGAUGCUCCUGGCUGAGGUGAGCAAGUCGAAGCAACAGUUGGCCAAGUUGGAGCCGACUAGAGUGGAAACAGCCAGCACCCCUGCUCUGCAGGUGAAGCUGGAGGUAUUUGUGGAGACGACCGGCCCUCUGGAGCCCUCGGAGCCAACAGAAUCAGUCACUCUGGGCUCUAGCGACGACGGCGAAGAGGCGAUUGCUGGAAGAAUAGCCUCGUUGGGACCCAUACUAGAGACCAUCUCGGAGGAACUUUCUUUUGUUCAGGACUUACAUCAAGUGUCUGAGUUGAUCGAAAUCAAACACGGAGAGAUCUUACUUGAAUGCCAAGUGAUUGAACUGCCCAGCUUUGGCGUGCAAUGGUUCAAGGUGAGUCUGACUGUUUCGACUCUAUACUUCGUAUCGAAGAGUCCAAAUGCCUUUUAUAGCUCUAUACGAUUUCAUUAG